UUAGCGGCCACCGCCCAACCAACAACUCUAGACUGUUCCUGCCCUUUCAAACAUUUUGGCAGACUCCAUCGGAAGAUCGCACCACCAUCACCAUGGUUUGUUUCUGUUUUCUCGUCGACCAAACACGACAAGUGAGGAGCAGCAAGCCGGCCGCCGGAAUUUGCUCACGGUGUGGGGGCGGGGCGAGCGUGGCGGACAUGAAGACGGCGACAAGAUUUUGUUAUGUGCCAUUUUACUGGAAAUCAUGGCGGGCGAUUAUUUGUACUUUUUGUGGGUCGAUUCUUAGGUCUUAUCGCUGAAUAGAGAGUCCACCAGUAAGCAGUUUGGGAGAUUAGGCUUUUAGGAUAAGCGGUUUCUUCUCUGAAGAAAGAAGGCAGGAAUAGUUCCUACGAUGUAUAGGCCCCCCAUAGUUAACGUUGCAUAUUUUUUUUCAGGUAAGGAUGUACGUAUAUGAAGUUUUUAUUCUCCAUCUUAAAUUUUCUCUUAGAUCAUGGGUUAUAAACUUAUGAUUAUAUUGAAAUAUUGAAGUACCGAUGUGGGUUUGAA